AUGACUCCUUAGUCCAAGAGGGAGUCAAAAAACAUGAAUUUUCACUGUCAUUUCUUUUAAGGAAAGAAAGCAGGCAAAAUACUUUACAAUACAUUUAAAAAAGGUUUUAGAAAGGAAUUGAAUGAGCUAAAAUAAUCCACCCAAAACAACAACUCGAUGCACACUCCAGUCCAGUUGCUGGUAGUAAUGUAUCUUCAAACUGGUUUGCAACCCGCAAACCAUUAAAGAAGAAGAGUGAACAUCCGGGUACAUGCCUACAUUCGCGCGAACAUUUUUCAACACCAAUGGCGUCGAAAGCAGGUCGCAGAGGGACGAAGCGAAAAGCAGACGUCCAGGCGGAGGAGGAGCCGCCCUCCGUGGAGGAGAAGGACCGAGGAGAGGGGGAGGACCCGAGCAGGAGGGUGGUCAUUGAACACUGUAAGAGCUGACGAGUGUAUGGGCGUAAUGCUGAGGAGGUGAAAUCUGCCCUCCUGGCUGCCCACCCUGAUCUGACUGUGGUCUCCAACCCUGAGAAACCUCGCAGGAACAGCUUUGAGAUCACUCUGCAGGAUGGAGGAAAAGAAACAUCUCUAUGGACUGGAAUAAAGAAAGGUCCACCACGAAAGCUCAAGUUUCCAGAACCUGAUGUUGUGGUCGCUGCUCUUCAGGACGCUCUGAAGGCUGAGUAGAUGCCUAGCCGACAGUUCAGUGGAUGUGGCCGUGGAGGCAGAAUGAUGAGGAGCGACGAAUGAGAUGUCCUCAGUCCCUCCUCGGAUGAUCGAGCUCCAUCAGCUCACAUCUUCUGGAUGAAUGCUGACAUCUAGUGGCGCGUCUCUGAGCAAAUACAUUUCUAAAUUCCCCAGUCCUGCUGUUUAAAAAAAACAAAACGUGUUUCUUCUUAUUGUUAUGUCUCAACGGUUUAUUGUACUUUAAAUUUUGUUUUUGGUGAAUAAAGUUGUUUUUGUUUCAUAA